UUUCCUUUCCGCGGCGGCCCGGCCUGCGCGGCCCGCCAACCGGGACGCUGCGCAGCGGCGUCUCCAUUCGCUCCCAAGCCCAGCUGAUGCUUCCUAGAUGAUCCCAAGACAGGGUUGGCCUGGCCAGGGACCGAGUCUGGCUCAUGCAAGAGGAGCCGCCUCGGCCGAGACAGCAGAGAGAUCGGGCUGGAAGGUGAGGACCUGCUGCCCUGCUGUCCCAGGCUUCGCGGCGAAGAGCCAGCAAAUCUGAGAGAGUUUCAAUUUGUGAAGACGUCAGGAACAAAGACAGUUACUUUGGCUCCAGAGUUUCAAGAUUGUGGCCUGCUGGGUCUAUAUCCUCCAGGAGGACCUAUUCACCAAAGGGUCGUCUUCUGCUGCUGACCCCCAUCAAAUCCCAUCAUGCCCACAGCCCUGUGCCCUCGAGUCUUGGCUCCAAAGGAAAGCGAGGAGCCCAGGAAAAUGUGGAGUCCUCCUGGAGAGAACCCCAGCCCUCAGGGUGAGCCUCCCAGCCCAGAGUCCUCUCGACGCCUCUUCCGCCGGUUCCGGUACCAGGAGGCCGCAGGCCCGCGGGAGGCCCUGCAGCGCCUCUGGGAGCUGUGCCGGGGCUGGCUUCGGCUCGAAAGGCACACAAAGGAGCAGAUCCUGGAGCUACUGGUGCUGGAGCAGUUCCUGGCCAUCCUGCCGUGGGAGAUCCAGAGCUGGGUGCGUGCCCAGGAGCCUGAGAGCGGAGAGCAGGCUGUGGCUGCUGUAGAGGCUCUGGAACGGGAGCCAGGGAGACCCUGGCAGUGGCUCAAGCACUGUGAAGACCCUGUGGUGAUUGACGAUGGCGAUGGGCCUGGGCCUCAGGACCCUGAACAAGAAGGAAUGUCGGCAGAGUCCCAGAGCAGCCCUGAUGCCCAGCCUGUGGCCCUAGCGCAGGGCCCAGGGCUCCUAAGCAGACUGCCAGGCCAGCCUAAUGAGGACCCAGUUCCACAAGAUGCUUUCGUUGUUCAGGAGCAGAGUGUGAGGGAAGCCCAGCCGGUGACCACUUGUCAGCUGCCCCCGAAUCGAGUGUCCCCAUUUAAGGACAUGAUCUUAUGCUUCUCAGAAGAGGACUGGUCCCUUCUAGACCCAGCACAGACUGGUUUCUAUGGAGAAUUCAUCAUUGGAGAAGACUAUGGGGUCUCCAUUCCUCCAAACGACUCUGCACUUCAGCCAAACCUCUCACCUGAAGAGGAGACCGGGCUACGGGUUAUGGAGCUGACAGACCUCCAGGGAAAAGAAGCACCCCAGGCCUCCUGCUUAGACCUUCCCAGCCUCCAGACAUUCCAAGGAGAAGAAAAAAAGAAACGGGAGGAGCUGCAGGUGCCAGAGCCGCAGUCCUGCCAGCAGGUGGCGCCCAGUCAGAGUCCUUGUCCAGCAGGAGGUGACCCACCACCCCUCAAGAACAGCCUGGACCAGGAGGUGACCAUCGAGAUAGUGCUGUCCAGCUCUGGGGAUGAGGACUCCCAGCACAGCCCGUAUUGCACAGAGGAGCUGAGGAGCCCUACAGAAAACCCCCCCAGUCUCCCGACCUUCCGGAACAGCGCUGGGGCUGGGGCUGGGGCUGAGGCUCGAACCUCACCGAGGAAGUCUUAUGUGUGUCCAAACUGUGGGAAGGUCUUCCGCUGGAGGGUCAACUUCAUCCGGCACCUGCGCAGCCGCAGAGAGCAAAAGCCACACAAAUGCUCAGUGUGUGGGGAGUUAUUCAGCGACAGCGAGGACCUGGAUGAGCACCUGGAGACCCACGAGGCCCAGAAGCCCUACAGGUGCACUGUCUGCGGAAAGAGCUUCCGCCUCAACUCACACCUGCUCUCCCACCGACGGAUCCACUUGCAGCCAGCCCGACAGCAACCCAUGAGGAAGAGUGAGGAGGAUACAUUGGAGACCGAGGGCACUGGUGCCCGUGCCCUGCUGGAGAAAAGCAAGGCCAAGCUGGGCUUCCAGUGCGGGGACUGUGAGAAGAGGUUCCAGCGACACGACUAUCUGGUGAGACACCGCAGACACUGUCACCUGAAGAGUGAGGCCCGUCCCCUGCAGUGUCGGUACUGUGUAAAAACUUUCCGCCAGAACUAUGACCUCCUCCGCCAUGAGCGCCUGCACAUGAAGCGUCGCUCCAAGCAGGCCCUGAACUCAUACUGAGCAGGGUGUGGUCGCGCAAGCUAGCCCCUGCCCCAGCACAGAGCCCUCACCACCUGCCCUUUGCUCUCAGGUAGUGUCCAACUUCUGGUGCCAUGUCUCUUCCUCCCCAGAUAAAAAGUAGCCCCCUGAACAUUCCUUCUACUGUGCCAAAACCCAGGGAGGCGAGGCCACUCCAGCCUCAAGAUCUGCCUCUUAGAGACCUCCAGCCCUUAGAGACACUGGACUGUCCCUGUCCCAAUGUCUUCUAAGGUUGGCGUGUGUACAGUAGGGAGCCGGCCAAAAGCACUGACCCUGGCCUGUCCUCAGAAGUCAGCCUGAGGUCACUGUGUCCAGGGGAGCAUCCCAGAGACCCACAGAUGGCCAGGCCACUGACCAGAUAGGGAUCAGGAGGUCAUUUUAAAACAUUUUUAAAGUUUAUGCAUCUAUCCCAACUUGUCUUCUUUGUGCUCCAAAGAUCCUUCGUAAACGUGUGAUAGAAACUAACUGCCUGUCACUACUCACUCAGAUCCACCCCCACCCCACCCCCGUUCUAUCUAGGAGUUGAGAGCUUAGCCCUCGGGGCUCUGCUGCUGGUUGAGCCAAACCCUGGGACAGAAGCUUCUGUGAAGUCUUGUCCUUCAUGGGUAGUGACUCGUUUGUUUAGUUUCCUAGCACAGUUGUAACUAGUUCUAAGCACAGGCUCGUCUAACAGCACGUGGCAUUGUCACAGUUAUGGAAACUGCAGGCCAAGUCUGGUGUCAGCGGGGUUGGUUCUUUCUGAGGCUAGAAGAGGGAAUUGUCCUGGGGUCUGAUGGUCACCAACACUUGACUGUACCCCUGGGCUUAUACGAAGAUCUCCAUCUUCAUCUCCACUGUGUCAGUCUCCAAACUUAACCUUUUGUACAAGGAUCCCAGUCUUUAGGUUGGGGCUCACCAGGUCUGCUGCAGCAGAACCCCGCCUUCAUCUGGAGUGUCCAUUUCCAAAUACAGUCAUAUCCCGAGGUCCUAGGAGUAAGGACUUCAAUACUGGGGUUUGAGUGGACAUAGCCACAACUCCAGAUAAUUCCGUGGUGCUGUUGCUUUUCCUGCCUCAGAUGAACCAAUGCAAACUUGAGGCGGCUUGCUUGCCAUUCCUUUGAAUGUUGGGUUCAAUCCUAGUUCUGCUUUCUUCAUUGCUGCUGUCAUCUGCAAGGAAGAGUCUUCAUCCAUGGCCUUUAAUUCAGAGCCUGAGAUUCUAGGAGUGGUUGUUGGUAGGAAACCUCAAGCAAUCAAAAACAUGGUCUUACUGUCCUGGCACACUGGUGUUGGCCAGGUGACUGACUGGACCUGAGAACUGCAGCCAGGCUGGUUCUGUAGGCUGUGCCAGCUCUCAGCAGUCAGGAGGUCUGGGAAAAUGAAUUCAAGGCCUCUGGUGCUCUCUGUCCUGAUUUCAAAUCAAGAAGCCUCUAUUCCAGACCCUAUGAAAGAGUAUAAGACUCUAUGACAGUUUCCUUUUUUGCUCAGUGCAUUGCCCAGAAAUAGUAAAUGCAAUAAAAAAACAUUUGGUCACACCUUGGACAAGAAAUAAACUGUUGAAGCUCUUAGUUUCUAAAUGGCUUUCUUCUCUUCUUGUGUCUGGAAAGGGAGACGUUGGGUCUCUGUGGUCAAGGGAGGGAAGACUUGCACCCAGAGGCAAGUGUUUCUGUCCCCUGUCUACCCCUGCGCUCUUGCCUGAGGCUUCACAGAUACCUAAAGGGGGAGUGUGGUGCUAUUAACUUGUGCGCUUGACAAUCAGCUAAUACACAGAAGUACAGGGGUUAGGAAAGGGGGUAUCCCAACCGCACACCAAAUGCUGCCAGGGAGCCCUCACCGCUGCCCGAAGUCCACUGGGGGGUCACUUCUGCCUGCACUAGGAGCCCUGUGUGACGCAAAUCCCAGGUUUCUUCCUCUCAGGAGGAAACGGUUAACUGUCGUGAGGAGCGGUGGCAAACCUCCACUAAGCACCUGACUUUACUGGACCAGAUUGGUCUUCAUCUCCCUUCGGGCCUGCUGCUUGUCUGAAGCCUCAGCUGAGAACAGCCAAUUCACUUGUCUUCUCAUGUAGCCUGCAGAAGGCUGCAGGUUGGGACCCUACAUCUGAGAAGCCUCCUUCCAUGCGCUUGAUUCCUUGGCAUCCCAUAGCUGGCACAAGUGCAUUAUAAAGAUUCAUUGAACUGAGAUUCCUGUUAGACUCCACUCAACACAGGAUGAAGCUGGUUAUGGGAACACAGGUUUGUGAGCCCAGCAACUCAUGAUCUGGGGGCAAUCACCUACACAAGUUUCGGGGGUCCUAGAGAUUUGGCUCAGCAAUUAUGAGCAGUCUGCUCUCCCAGAGGUCCUGAGUUCAAUGCUGAACAACCACAUGGUGGCUCAUCCAUGCAUACUGGGAUCUGAUGUCCUCUUCUGGUGUGCAGGUGUACAUUUAUAAGUGCUCUCAGUUAUAUAAAUAAUCUUUAAAAAAAGAAUAAUGACUUUUACCAUGAAUGUAUUACUCGGUCUAAGAAAAAUA